UAAACACACAAGGAUCUGGCAUCCUUUAACUGGCCUGUUCAGUCAGUGGUUGUGCACAAUCUUUGGAGCAAGAGGUGAACAUGGACAAACUGUCAUCUACAGUUUAUGUGUUGAUUGUAGCACUUUGUGCAUUUCCGCACUUUGGCACUGUUUUUCAUGCACAUGCUUUGAGAAGAGGUGGCAUUUCGACAGCAAAGCCAGGAGUGUGUCCUGUCAGGUACUACAUACAUGCAGAUUGUACCGAAUCUUGCUCUAAAGACAGUGACUGCCACGAUAAUGAGAAGUGCUGCUCCAACGGAUGUGGACAUGAGUGCAUGGCUCCAGUCAUAGAAUGUCCACGCCAUCUUAAUCUUGCUCUGUCACGUAAGGGGUAUGAGGACUGUCCUAGAGACCACAUAUGCUGUGUCUACGAUGGUGAAGAAGUCUGUGUCCCUCCUGUUUCCACAAAGCCAGGAGUGUGUCCUCGUCGGCGCUUAGACUUUGGACAUUGUGCUGAAAUUUGCUCUAAUGACAGAGACUGCCCCAAUAAUGAGAAGUGCUGCUCCAACGGAUGUGGACAUGAGUGCAUGGCUCCAUUGUCAGAAUGUUCACGCCAUCUUAAUCUUGCUCUGUCACGUAAGGGGUAUGAGGACUGUCCUAGAAGCCACAUAUGCUGUGUCUAUGAUGGUGAAGAAGUCUGCGUCCCUCCUGCUCCCAUAAAGCCAGGAGUGUGUCCUCACAGACACUUGGGCCACGGACGUUGCCUUGAAUCUUGCUUUAAUGACAGAGAUUGUCCCUUUUUUGAGAAGUGUUGCUCCAAUGGAUGCGGACAUGAGUGCAUGGCUCCCUACAAAGUAAAGCCAGGAGUGUGUCCUCGCAGGCGCCUGGGCUACGGACGGUGUGCUGAAUUUUGCUCUAAUGACAGUGACUGCCCCGACAAGGAAAAGUGCUGCUCCAACGGGUGUGGACAUGAGUGCAUGGCACCGUACGUAGUGAAGCCUGGCGGCUGUCCUCUGCCUGAGACCACCCCCAUGUGUGCUGAGUACUGCUAUCACGAUGGUCAGUGUCCAGGAGAUCAUAAGUGCUGCAGGACUACCUGUGGUCAUGCAUGCAGUGAGCCCUGCUAAGGAAGUCCAUCAUCUACAUUAAACAUCUCUCCUUUUUAAACGGACACAUUUUUCCCACAAAGAAAAAGUAGCCUGUUUGCAUUUAUUCCUUGUUCUCUUUUUUUUUUUACCGCGUGUAUUCUUACUUCAGUGUGAAAAACAGUAUAUCUGUUCCAUUUCUAAUUAAAGCCUUAGAGUAUGAUGCAUUGUUUUUGUUGUUUUUGUAUGACCAAUAAAAAUAGCCCAAUCCUGUA